CCGGUUGGGUCGUAAGAAUCCGGAAAUCCUUGAUAUCCUUCAAGAUGAUGCCAAGGAUAAUGCUGAAGACGGAAAAUAUAUCGCUGUGUUUGUCUGCAGUGAAGGGAAUGUCCCGAGAAGAAUGCAUCCACGUAGUUCUUGGUCACGUGCAGAAGAACCAAUCGAAAUUGGUGACCUCUCCAGAGAAGAAUCAUUGAACUACCUUAUUAAGCGUGGAAUCAAGAUCGGUACCGCAGAAAAAUUAUUUGAUUUGGUUGGUGGACGCAUUGUAGAUCUGAAGCUUAUAGCAGAUAGAUAUCUAAAAGGAAUACCCAUUGAAGAUGUUGAAUUUACAAUUUUAACGGAAGUCGAAAACAAAUUCAGAAUUGCAAAGCUUCUUAAAAACGGCAAACAUUAUGAAGUAGGAAAACGUAUUAUCAGUGCUUUGCAGGAUUCUGGAGAAAUAUAA